CAGGUGAGGGGUCUCCUGGGUCUGCAGUUUGCCGGCCAGGGACUCGGCGAGAAGACGAACUUCAGCUUCACCUCCCCCCCACUGAAUCCAGCAUGGGGGAGAAAUCUGAGAACUCUGGGGCUCCAGAAGAGCUGAUGAAUGGCUUAAAGAUUACAGAUCCCCAUGAAUCCGAAGGUGUUAGCCCUCCCAUUUCUCACCUCAAAGAUGGGCAUUCCCAGAGCAAAGUGCUCCCGGAUGUGCCCGCCCAGGCCCUGGAGGAGCCAGGAGAAGAGGAGUGCUUUCAUGAUUGCAGCGACUCUUUUGACAAGGGGGAGCCAGGAACAGAUAAGGUUGAAGGCAAAUCUGAUGGUGAUGUGAAUUCCUCCGAACUAGAUGAAGAGUACUUGUUAGAACUGGAAAAGGACAUGUCUGAUGAAGAGAAACAGAAAAGACGAGAGGAGAGCACCCGGCUGAAGGGAGCGGGAAACGAACAGUUUAAGAAAGGAGAUUAUGUUGAAGCAGAAAGCUCUUACAGUCGAGCCCUUCACACGUGUCCGGCCUGCUUCCAGACAGACAGGUCUGUUCUGUUUUCAAAUAGAGCUGCUGCAAGGAUGAAACAGGACAAGAAGGAGAUGGCUCUCGGUGACUGCAGCAAAGCAAUUCAGUUAAAUCCCAGCUACAUUAGGGCAAUACUGAGGAGAGCCGAGUUGUACGAGAAGACAGACAAACUGGAUGAAGCCUUGGAAGACUAUAAAUCUAUAUUAGAAAAAGAUCCAUCCAUACAUCAAGCAAGAGAAGCUUGUAUGAGAUUGCCUAAACAAAUUGAAGAACGGAAUGAAAAGCUAAAGGAAGAGAUGUUAGGUAAACUAAAAGAUCUUGGGAACUUGGUUCUCCGGCCUUUUGGACUCUCCACAGAAAACUUCCAGAUCAAGCAGGAUUCCUCUACUGGCUCAUAUUCGGUCAAUUUUGUUCAAAAUCGAAAUAACAACAGAUAAUAAGAGUUACUGAAAGGUUUAAAGAGCUGGCUUAGAGAUUGUGUGCCGCUUGCUGUUAGCGAGGGGAAAGGCCCUACCAGUGUUUAACUCUAAAAAGCAUCUUAUCUACAAGGAAGGCCACCCAGUAGAACCCCGUGUCCUCCUCCCAUGUGUUUUAUGAUGGGGUGAAAUACACUGACAGGUGUAAGGGGCCUAAUUUGAUUUCCAUGUCAGGCACUGCCUGGCAGCUCUUACCGCCCCUGGGUCUGGCUUCAUGUCCUUAGUUUUGUCCAGGGGGAAGCCUGCUGGCAAGCCCGGCCUCCCUAAGUCACACACACAGCAGGUUGCUGGGUCAAGCCUCGCCAAUCUCUCCCGAGUCAGGCACUGCUGGUAGGGAGACUAUUAAUGAGGCCCCCACCUGCUGCCCCCUCCCUGGAAACAUCACAUGCUGCCUCAGCUGCCGGGAGCGGCCUCCCCUGCUCUUGUUCUCUUCGUGGUAAUAAAGCUUUCUGUGACAGG